GCGGACCUUAUUGGGGUGCUCCUUGCCUGCCUCUUGACACACUCGCGGACCUUACUGGGGUGCUCCUUGCCUACUUCUUGACACACUCGCGGACCUUACUGGGGUGCUCCUUGCCUGCCUCCUCCUGACACACACGGACCUCUCUAGUGCUCCACCUGAUAUACCGACCUUACUAGGUGUUCCACCUGACACCUACCUCACUACAGUGCUCCACCUGACAUAUGGACCUCACUAGUGCUCCGCCUAAUACACCGACCUCAAUAUAGUGCUCCACCUGACACGGACCUCACUAUAGUGCUCCAACUGACACACCGACAUCACUAUAGAGAAAGCAGUGUUUAAGCAAGCAUCAUGGUGAAGGAGGGACCCGCGGCUCUGCCGUCACCUGGAACACCUACUGCACUUCCCAUUUUAAAAGAAUUCCUUAACCAGAGGGAGCAUUUGAAUUCAGAAAGUGAUCAUUCUCACGCAGAUGAUGAUGCCCAUCUUUAUAACAUGCCAGAAUAUCUCACAGGAUAUCACAGCCUUAGCGAGAAGAUUCAGAGUCGCAUUGAGUCAAAUGACAAGUUCUUUUCACUUGAAUUCUUCCCUCCAAGAACAAAAGGUGGUGCUGUCAACUUGCUGGCCAGGUUUGAUCGCAUGCGUGAAGGUGGUCCACUUUUCUGUGAUGUCACAUGGCACCCGGCUGGCAAUCCUGGCGGAGACACAGAAACUUCUUCUUUGACCAUAGCAGGUGCUGCACUGAACUACUGUGGUCUGGAGACAAUGCUACAUAUGACCUGUUGUAGUAUGACCAAGACGGAGAUCACUAAACACUUGAAGCGAGCUAAAGACAUUGGAAUCCGCAACAUCUUAGCUCUGAGAGGGGAUCCUCCACAUGGUGCUGAGGAUUGGGUCCCACCUGAGGAUGGGUUUAAUUAUGCAUCAGAUCUAGUCAGGCACAUCAGAAAGGAGUUCGGUGAUUAUUUUGUAAUCUGCGUUGCUGCCUACCCCAUGGGUCAUCCUGAAGCCACGUCUUACGAAGAUGAUAUAAAGUAUCUCAAGGAGAAGGUAGAUGCAGGUGCUAACUUUAUCAUCACACAGCUGUUCUUCAAGGCACAGACAUUCAUCAAAUUUGUCAGAGACUGUAAAGCAGUUGGCAUAAACUGCCCUAUAAUUCCUGGCAUCAUGCCCAUCCAGAGUUACGACUCUCUACGACACAUUGUCAAACUCUCCAAACUUGAUGUUCCUCAGGAUAUCAUGGAUUUUGUGGCUCCUCUGAAGGACAAUGAUGAAGCAAUAAGAAAUUAUGGAAUUCAUCAAACAUGUAUGCUUAUUAAAGAGUUGUUUGAUGCAGAAAUGGCUCCUGGUGUUCACUUUUACACCUUGAACAGAGAGGUAGCAACUACAGCUAUCCUGAAGCAGCUGGGACUCUGGGCUGCAGCACCUAGAAGACCUCUGCCCUGGAAAAUGGCUGCUAAUCAUAAAAGAAGUGGAGAGGAUGUUCGUCCCAUUUUCUGGGCUUCCAGACCAAAAGCAUAUGUCUACAGAACACAACAUUGGGAUGAAUUUCCUAAUGGAAGAUGGGGCAGUUCCGAGUCUCCUGCUUUUGGAGAACUGAAAGAUUACUAUCUCUUUUACCUUACAAGUAAAAGUUCCAAGGAGCAGCUGUUGACUAUGUGGGGAGAAUCUCUAGAGUGUGAACAAGAUGUGUGGGACGUGUUCCAUGCAUACGUCACUGGCACUGCUAACAAGACUGGCAAGAAAGUUACUAAGGUGCCAUGGAAUGAUGAUGAGUUAAGUUCCGAGACCUCGUUGCUCAAGGAGAAUCUGGCUGACUUCAACAAGCGAGGAGUCCUCACCAUCAACUCUCAGCCCAAUGUCAAUGGAGCAAGCAGUGAGGAUCCAGUUGUUGGCUGGGGUAUGCCUGGUGGCUAUGUGUAUCAAAAGGCUUAUUUGGAGUUCUUUACUUGUCGUGAGAAUGUUGAUGCUCUCUUGAACAUUCUGCCUCUCUUCCCCAGGAUCAACUACCACAUUUUAAACAAAUCUGGCUCUGCCGAUUUCAGCAACUGUCAUAAGCAUCGGCCAGUUGCUGUAACAUGGGGUGCAUUCCCAGGCACUGAGAUAAUACAACCAACUAUAGUGGACCCACUUAGCUUUAAGGCUUGGAAGGAUGAAGCAUUUGGCCUCUGGGAAGAACAGUGGGGUAAGCUGUACCUUGAAGAAAGCCGAUCACGAGAAAUAAUCCAGCACAUUACCAACAACUACUACCUUGUGAAUCUGGUGGAUAAUGAUUAUCCAAAGGACUCCUGCCUGUGGGAUGUGCUGGAGUCCAUGUUUGCGUGGAGAAAGCUCCAGGAGGAGAAAUCGGAAGAUCAGGAGGAAAAUAACAUGUGUGUGUGUACCCAGUGAAUGGAGAGAGCAAGGAGCAAUGUAAAAUGUGUUAUUUAAUGUGCUAUUAUCUUUUGAUGGAAAAAUAACUAGUUAGAAUUUCCCCUGACAAUGUAUCUAAUUACUGCAGUCAGUCUGUAUUUUUAAGCAUGGAGUAAUCCUGCCUGUAAUGAUUACCUUUGUACAGUACUUUUUUUAUUCUUAAUUGUGAAAAUAUUUUCCACAUUUUAAUUAUCUUAAAAUUUAACCAUACAGGCAAGUAGGAUAGUGUUUAACGAAUAAGUUGUGCAGUGUCAGGAACUAUAGGAUUUGUGGUGUUACUGAAAGUCAUAUAUUACAACGUGUUUGUGUCUAUUGCCAAAAAGGCAUAUCUUUAACUUAAUUUAUAUAAUAAUGUAGCUUAGAAGACACUGUAACUUAAUUUAUUUUUAAUAACCUAUUUUAUUUAUUGAGAAAUAAAGCAGCAAAGCCAGA